AUGACUGUCGGUCCAAACCGCCGCCUCAACAACCAAAUGAGACGCCAGCUAGAGAAGCAGCUCAAGAAGGUCAAGGUUGAGACCAAUCACAUCCCUAACCGUAAACAACCCUUCAAAAUCCAAGACGUUUCCGUGAACAAUGCAAACACUUACACAUUUGAGGAGUACAAUGGGAGAAAGCUGAGCAACACAGCUUAUCUUAAAUCUACGCACAACUUUGUGCUCAGGCUUCUUCAAUUACCCGUUAUUGGGAAAAGCAUGACAUUUUUUUCAAUGGAGCUACUGAACAUUAUCCCAGGUCAGAUUCAUCCAGGCGGGGUUUUAAAUUCUGCCCAGACCAAAGACAUAAUGAGUUUCUGCAAAGUUAAGUCAUUGUAG